AUGGAGCUGACUAGCCCCGAGCUAACCGGUGGCGUUAGCUCUCUGACCAAGCUGGUUGUUGAGAGUUUGAUUUCUUAUCAACACCCUCUGAAAAGAGUGGACUUCAGGCAGAAACAUGCCUCCCAGACCGUCAUCAGGAGAACUAUGGGGCAUGCACUUGAUGCCCCCCAGCAUCCUUGUGGACUGUCUUUUACCGAACGGCAUGAUCCUCACAUUGGAGUGCCUACGGGAAGCCACGAGGAGAGCUCCUACAUAUUUGUCAGUGUCACUCAAGAAGCAGAGAGGGAAGAGUUUUAUGAUGAAACACGGAGGCUAUGCGAUCUGCGGCUCUUUCAAGCCUUUCUCAAAGUGAUUGAACCUGUUGGCAACAGAGAGGAGAAAAUCUUAAGCAGAGAGAUAGGUUUUGCUAUUGGUAUGCCAAUUUGUGAGUUUGAUAUAGUGAAAGACCCAGAGGUUCAGGACUUCAGAAGAAACAUCCUAAAUGUGUGUAAAGAAGCAGUUGACCUCAGGGACAAUAAUGGUCCCCAUAGUCGAGCUCUGUAUGUCUAUCCUCCCAAUGUUGAAUCCUCACCUGAACUUCCUCGGCACAUCUAUAACAAGCUUGAUAAAGGUCAAAUAAUUGUGGUUAUAUGGGUUAUUGUGUCACCCAGUAAUGACAAGCAGAAAUACACACUCAAAAUCAACCACGAUUAUGUACCAGAGCAGGUCAUAGCCGAAGCCAUCCGGAAGAAAACACGCAGCAUGUUGCUCUCCCCAGAGCAGCUUAAGAUGUGUGUGCAGGAGUAUCAGGGAAAGUACAUCCUUAAAGUGUGUGGCUGUGACGAGUACUUACUGGAGAAAUACCCUCUGAGUCAGUACAAGUAUGUGCGCAGCUGUAUCAUGCUUGGAAGGAUGCCCAACCUAAUGUUAAUGGCAAAAGACAGCCUUUAUUCCCAGUUGCCUAUGGACAACUUCACUAUGCCCUCAUAUGCAAGGCGGAUCUCCACAGCUACGCCGUAUAUGAACGGUGAAACAAACGCAAAGUCUCUUUGGACAAUCAAUGGGACACUGCGUAUCAGGAUACUGUGUGCUACUUAUGUCAACGUCAACAUCAGAGAUAUUGAUAAGAUCUAUGUCCGGACUGGGAUUUACCAUGGAGGAGAGCAGAUGUGUGACAAUGUUAACACUCAGCGUGUGCCCUGCUCAAACCCCAGGUGGAACGAGUGGCUCACCUACGACAUGUACAUUCCAGACAUCCCUCGAGCUGCACGACUUUGUCUCUCAAUUUGCUCUGUCAAAGGAAGGAAAGGAGCAAAAGAGGAACACUGUCCUUUGGCCUGGGGCAACAUCAACCUAUUCGAUUACACGCACACUCUUGUAGCAGGAAAAAUGGCCCUCAAUUUGUGGCCUGUUCCCCAUGGCCUGGAAGACUUGCUUAAUCCUAUUGGUGUAACAGGUUCAAACCCAAAUAAAGAAACUCCAUGUUUGGAGCUGGAAUUUGACCAUUUUGGGUAUCCACUCAAAUUCCCAGAAAUGACUAAAAUAGAGGAACAUGCUAACUGGAACAUAUCCAAUGAACUUGGCUUCAAUUAUUGCCACACUGGCCUUAGUAACAGGAUCGCACGGGACAACCCUCUCACAACUGUUGACAAUGAGCAACUACGGCAUCUGUGCAACAGAGACCCGCUAUCUGAAAUCACUGAGCAGGAGAAAGACUUUCUGUGGAGGCACAGACAUUAUUGUGUAAACAUACCAGAGAUCCUCCCCAAAAUCCUCCUUGCAGUGAAAUGGAACUCCAGAGAUGAGGUUGCACAGAUGUAUUGCCUUUUGAAGGACUGGCCUGCUAUUAAACCAGAACAAGCCAUGGAGUUGUUAGAUUGUAACUUUCCAGAUCCAAUGAUCAGAGGUUUUGCCGUCAAGUGCCUAGACAAAUACCUGACUGAUGACAAGCUCUCACAGUACCUCAUUCAGCUUGUUCAGGUUCUGAAAUAUGAGCAGUACCUUGACAAUCCACUCGCAAGGUUAUUACUGAAGAAAGCACUCACCAAUCAGAGAAUAGGACAUUUCUUCUUUUGGCAUCUAAAGUCAGAGAUGCACAACAAAACAGUGAGCCAGCGGUUUGGUUUGCUGCUGGAGUCGUACUGCCGUGCAUGUGGAAUGUACCUGAAGCAUCUCAGUCGACAAGUGGAGGCCAUGGAGAAGCUUAUCAACCUCACGGACCUCCUCAAGCAGGAGAAGAAGGAUGAGGCACAAAAGGUCCAAAUGAAAUUUCUAGUAGAGCAGAUGAGAAGACCUGACUACAUGGAUGCACUACAAAAUUUCACUUCACCUCUGAACCCCGCACACCAGCUGGGCAACCUGCGGUUGGAGGAAUGCAGAAUGAUGUCAUCUGCAAAAAGGCCGCUUUGGCUUAAUUGGGAGAACCCAGACAUGAUGUCUGAGCUCCUUUUUCAGAACAAUGAAAUCAUUUUCAAAAACGGCGAUGAUCUGCGACAGGACAUGCUGACGCUGCAGAUCAUCAGGAUAAUGGAGAACAUAUGGCAGAACCAGGGCCUUGAUCUCAGGAUGCUGCCAUAUGGUUGUCUGUCUAUUGGGGACUGUGUGGGUUUGAUUGAGGUUGUGCGUAACUCCCACACCAUCAUGCAGAUUCAGUGCAAAGGUGGCCUGAAGGGGGCGCUACAGUUCAACAGCCACACACUGCACCAGUGGCUCAAGGAUAAAAACAAAGGAGAAAUGUAUGAUCAGGCCAUUGAUCUCUUCACGCGGUCUUGUGCAGGAUACUGUGUUGCCACUUUUAUUUUGGGUAUUGGGGACAGGCACAACAGUAACAUCAUGGUCAAAGACGAUGGACAGCUGUUUCACAUAGAUUUUGGUCAUUUCCUUGACCACAAAAAGAAGAAGUUUGGGUACAAGAGGGAGCGCGUUCCUUUUGUGCUCACACAGGACUUCCUCAUAGUCAUCAGCAAAGGAACUCAGGAAUGCACUAAAACACGAGAGUUUGAAAGGUUUCAGGAAAUGUGCUACAAGGCGUACCUGGCGAUUCGGCAGCAUGCUAACCUCUUCAUUAACCUGUUCUCUAUGAUGCUGGGCUCUGGGAUGCCCGAGCUGCAGUCCUUCGACGACAUCGCCUACAUUCGAAAAACUUUGGCGCUGGACAAAUCUGAACAGGAGGCUUUGGACUACUUCAUGAAGCAGAUGAACGACGCUCAUCAUGGCGGCUGGACUACAAAAAUGGACUGGAUCUUCCACACUAUUCGGCAGCAUGCCAUGAACUGA